CAAACAUAAGCAAAGCAGCAUCCUUAUGAUUCAGUACAGUGUCUUUCUUUCAGUGAGGAGUCAAUGGGAAAUUCUACACUGGGUUCUUCUACUACUUUGUUUGUCCUCAUUCUCAUAUCCACAAGAGGAGGGGAUCUUCUACUUUUGAGGGAACUAUUCUGGCUGUAGGAGCAUCUGCUGUUGCCUGCGUUACUUUGCUCUCACUCCAUUGACACUGUGACCAUCUAACGGUGUUUGUGGUUCACUGCUUUUUCUAUAUACACAUGCAGUUUCAGCACUGACACACUGGACAUGGCUUUUACAUAUACUGAUUCAACUCAUCAAAAUGUAUUUCCAGAGUGCCAUCCAAAAUGCUUCAGUACACACUUAAGUGUCAAUUGCAUUAAAAAGAACACAUUGUCUCCUACGAUACAAGGAAUAAAACUCACAAAAAGGCAAAAUGGUGAAAGCUAAAACUCGAAUAAAUUUUAUGACCACCAUAAAUUUAGUAAUUGAUGAAGAAAAUGUAAACAGUAGAAAUUGUGACAAUUUACACAGACAGACACAGAUGCUGUAACAUGGAAAUAUUUUGAAAGACAGAAUACAUGGCAACUGAGCACCGAUCUAACCAUAACCAAUGUGUCCUCUGUACAGACAUUGGCUGGCCCAAUGUCAACAUGUUUCUCCCCAGGCUCUGACUGUGUCACAGCACUGUUGGAGAUUAGACUGACAGGGCCUUAAUCCCAUAGAGCUCCUCAGUUCCCCCUGCCAGACCCCAGCACUGUGCCUGGCCCGUGCCCAACGGUCACACGAACGCACGCAAGGUCUGAGAUAAAGACAAACUCCAUAAGCCACACAGACAGUACUACAUAAGAGAAGACUAAGACUGCAUAAACCGCAGAUGUAGCCAACAGCAAAUGAUGUUAAAUCACAAAACACUCUUCACCAGAGUGAACUAGAAUGACAGCUGGCAGAGAAAAAACAGAAAGGCUAUGCCACCCAAAGUGACACAUUGCGGUUUAACACAGUGGACAGUGCCAGGCCCUUGCUGAAGUCAGAGAUGUUGAACCAGGAUGACCCCAAAUCACGCCCAAUGCUAGAACUCCGAGAGAAGCUCCAGCCAGAGGUGAUCGAGCUGAUUAAACAGCAGAGGUUGAACCGUCUGUGUGAGGGCACAUGCUUUAGGAAGAUCAGCGCUCGUCGCAGACAAGACAAGUUCUGGUAUUGCCGUCUAUCACCAAACCACAAAGUGUUACACUAUGGGGAUAUAGAGGAGUUCUCACAAGGACAAAUAUCACAUGACUCUCUCCAGGAGAAAGUGACAGUAGCAGAUAUCAAAGCAGUGGUCACGGGUAAAGACUGCCCACACAUGAGGGAGAAAGGAGCACUUAAGAAUAAGGAGCUACUGGAGCUGGCUUUUUCCAUUCUUCAUAACUCUGAUGAAUAUCUGAACUUCAUUGCUCCAGACAAGCAUGGAUACUCCAUUUGGACAGAUGGCUUGAAUGCUCUUUUGGGAAAAGAGAUGACUAGUGAGCUCACAAAAUCAGAUAUGGACACUCUGGUUACUAUGGAGCUGAAACUUCGCCUUUUGGACCUCGAAAACAUUCAGAUUCCUGACGUCCCUCCUCCUGUUCCCAAAGAGCCCAGCACUUAUGACUUUGUUUACGACUUUAGUCAGCAGCACACUUGAGACUGGAAUAAAGCACUUACUCAUGCUGAUAAUCAGCUGUAAGUAAGGAGUGCUCACUUUUGUCCUUUUUUUCUAAUCCUGUUUAGUCUUUUUCCUCUCCUAUGGACAGAUUCAUACAUUUUACUCUAGAUUGUGACUAUGAUGUGAUGCUUAGUUUUCUUUUACUUUACUGUUCUACAACGAAGAAAAACUCACAGGAACAUUUAUUUUCAGUCUAAUUCUAACAAGAUCAAUUUGGGCAUUCUUGGUUUCAUCAAUCAAAAAUGUCCAGCCUUUAAAAAAUAAUAAUAAUAGAAGCUUCAUUUUCAUUAGGAAAAACACAAACCUAAAGUACAACCCCCCUUUUUAAGUUCUUGUAUCCUGUGUGAGAAAGAGACACAUGAGAAAGAGCCAUCCAAAACACUUCAACACAUAGUUGCAAAACAUUAAGUUAUUAUCUGUUACUAUCAAUAUAUUAAUUUGGUGGGAUAUUGCUUGUAAGGUUCACUCAAAAAUGAUCAUAAAUUGUCAUUGACAUCAUAUACUACUAAAAUAUUAUUGUAAAAUAAAAUCAUAAAUUAACUUCUAAAGUACAGGUUUCACUCUACCUAAAUGAAAUGUAAACUUAUGAGAUGAUUUGAAAACUUUUCAAAUACAAGUACAGCAUGUCACUUUGGCACUAAUUGAUAUUUUGGAGAACAAGCCAAAUAUGAUAAGCAUGUUCAUGGUUUAAUUUUUUUGUUGAAAAGCCAAUAUCUGAAAUGAUAUGCCUUUUCCAAGUCAAAUAUUUAUUUCUUCUUCCCAAUUCAAACCGAAUCCUCCCGUGUUAAGCCAAAUUUAUACAAUAUGGAUUGAUUUUUCAAACUUUACCCUUCAAAAAGACUUGACUUUGUUUUGUGUUCCCUUUAAAAUGACUCUAUUCACACAAAUUCUUUCAAACACUUGAGCCAAUAUUUAUUCUUUCACGUCACACCAGGGCAAAGACAUAAAUGGCUCCACAGACUUAAGAAUCUCCUUAGUGAAGUAAUGAUCAUUGGUGGCAUAAAAGCUUUCAGUCCACACAGCGACUAUAUCAUUCACACUAACAAAUGCAGAUAAAUAAACAGGAAUCUUAUUUCUGAUCAGGUUUGGAGUUACAAAAAUAUAUUAAAUAAUACAGAAAUAAGCACAUAAUGGGGCUGGAGUUCAUGCUUAUGAUGGUCUUUAUUAAAGAGUAUUUACAUUCUCAACCAAUAUGAAAAUCUCCACUUGCCAUUUUUCCAUGAGGAUGAUUAACAACAAAAAAAGGUCUAUGGCACCAUCUGUAGUGAGAGAAGAAUUAAUAUUUGAUUAUAGACUUCUAUCAAAUCUUUACAUAUAUGGUUUAAAAGUGAGGAUCCAAUUGUCAUUGUAAAAUGUCCUUUGACCACAAGGUGGCUAGCUUUCCUUAGUUUUAACAAUCGACAAGAAAACUUCAAAAUAUUUGUGUCGUUACAGUACAGUACACAAAGCCUUAUUACUACACAACCCAGAUUUAGAUGUCAUGCAUUCAUACGUGUCUAACAUUUAAAACAUCCAAGAAAUCAUAAAA